AUGACUCUGGGUGGCUUCCGUGUCAUCCCAGGCGCUCUCGCCACGGUGGGCUCUGCCUCCCUUUCAAUGUCCCCGGCCAACCUCUGCCAGGCAUCCUUUGUCGGACUCGGCGCCGCCAUCGUGGCACUGACUUUGCUCCCGGCGGCCACGCAGAAGCUCCUGCUUGACUACGGUGCGCGGGACAGCAAGAGCUCUACCGCCGAUGCCAUUGUGGCGGACAAAAACAACAAGUACGGCAGGCCUGCAUCUACGCCAGCGCCAGGCCUCCUGGAACGGAGCGUGGCUGGCGUCGUGUCCCGGCUGCAGGUGCCGCACUCGUGGUUCAUCAGCUUUUAUGCUUUUUACCUCCUGUGCACCUCGUAUUGGGCUGCCCAGUGGUGGUCGUGGAGCCAAGCGGGGACGGUUGAGCCAAAGCCGCCAGACAACCUGUUUGGACGCAUUCUGGCGAGCCAGCAAACAUCCGAUCUGGUAUGGUCAUCGACGCCGGUCGCGUCCAUGGUCCUUGCCCAGGUGGGCGUUGCAUUUGUGCUCGAAGCACUUCAGACAGGCCGCCGGCUCUAUGAAUAUCUCUACGUCUUCAAGCCAUCCAAGGCCAAGAUGAACGCCGCGCAUUUUUUCCUGGGUUUUGCGUACUAUGCAAUCAUGAGUGUCGCCAUAUGGGUCGAGGGCUCACAGGCAAUCUUGGCUACGAAGCAGCACAAUGCUUCCACGGGAUCUACGUAUGCCAUUAACACCGAGGCCUUGGCGAAGAUUCUUGUCGGCACGCCUCUUUUCCUCCUCGCAUGGGUGGGCCAAUACCAUUGUCACGUUCACCUUGCCAGCCUCAAGAAGUACUCCCUGCCCGACGAGGGUCUUUUCCGCUACUUUGUCAGUCCGCACUACACUUGCGAGUUCUUCCUGUAUGUCGCCUUGUCCAUCGUGACCGCGCCGGACGGAAGGCUUCUGAAUCGCACUUUGUUGUCGUCUCUGUUGUUCGUUCUUGCAGGCCUCGGAGUGACGGCAGACCGUACCAAACGGUGGUAUAGCGAAAAGUUCGGCGCAGAACGGGUGGCCAAGAAAUGGAGGAUGAUCCCAUUUAUCUUUUGA